ACGCAAGUAAAGAAAGAUGUAUCGGAUGUGUACAACAUAUACACCACUCAAGCGUUUUACGUUCAAAUACCUACGGAUGCGUUGAGCAAAUCUCUGGCACCAAUAGAUGCCAUUGAAUUCAUACCAUCCAUACUGGGAAUGCCUGAUCUGCCCGUUUGGAUGCAAUACAAACACGUGAAUCACAGCCAAAAGGCAUACCUCUACGGCUCACCCGCUCUCGACGACGACCGCGACAUCGAAAUAGAAGUCAUUUCUAUAAAUCAAUUCAAUUACGAAACCCAUAAACAAGUGAUGAAAUUUCGUGUCACUAAAAGAGAAAGAAUUAUCUACAAAUAA